AUGCUUCGAGGAAUGAGAUUAGGCUCUUUCAAGAGUUGCGUUUUAGAGCCAUAUGCUAGUACAUUUCAUGUAAAAUGCAACUGUACAUCAGCAAAACCUUCAAGUAAUGUGCAAAAUCUGCCAAAACUUCCAGUGCCAAAACUUGGAGAUACGCUCAAUAAAUUCUUAGUUACGGCACAACCAUUUUUAAAUGAUACUGAAUUUGCCACAACUAAAACUCUUGUAAAAGAGUUUGAAAAUGGAGUGGGACAAAAAUUACAGAGUCUGUUGGAAAAGAGAGCAACUCAACAUCAGAACUGGCUUGAGGAGUGGUGGCUUAACACUGCUUACUUAGAGUAUCGGGAUCCAGUCGUAGUCUUUUCUAGUCCUGGCUUAGUUUUUCCAUUCCGUAAAUUUAACUCUCAGAAAGAUCAACUAAUGUAUGCAGCCAAAACAUUAUUGGCUGCUUUAGACUAUAAGUCUUUGAUAGAUAAUGAUAAAAUUCCAGUUGAAAUGAUGGGAAAAAAUCAACUUGAUAUGUCACAAUAUAAAAAGAUAUUUGGAACUUGCCGCAUACCUUUUGAAAAACGAGACAAAUUAUCUUUUAAUGAUUCCAAGCAUAUAACUGUAAUACAUAACAACCAUAUUUUCCAUGUAGAUAUCUGGGGAAAUGAUGGUAAAAGGUUAAAUGAGGAUCAAAUCGUUCAAAUUCUGCAGAAAGUAGUGGAUUCGUCUCAAAGUCCAGCUACUGAUCCAAUCGGUAUUCUUACUUCAGAAAAUAGAGAUAACUGGGCAAAGGCUUAUCAGAUUCUUAGUAAAGAGAAAGUGAACCGCGAGUCGCUGCUGGACGUGGAGAGGAGUCUAGUGGUGCUGUGUCUGGACGGCGCGGCGGGCGUGUGGUCGCGCGACCGCGACGCGCGCUUCUCGCUGGCCGCAGCGCAGACUAUACACGGCGGCGGCGCUGCCAGCCACGGUGCCAACCGCUGGUUCGACAAGACUGUGCAGUUUAUCGUCGGAGCGGACGGCAUCACGGGUCUCACGUACGAACAUUCCCCGGCUGAAGGACAGCCAAUUGCUGUUAUGACUGAUUUCAUUAUUGACUACAUAGAUCAGAAUAAAUCAGCGGAAUCCUCCUCGUCGAGCCCUAAGGAUCCGGUCAAACUUGCAUUCAGUGUUAACAAAGACGUCGCCGAUAUGAUAAACACAGCAAAAGAUAACUUGGAUAAAUUAGUCGCAAACCUAGAAUUAGAUUGCUUCAAGUUCGACAAAUACGGCAAGAACUUUAUCAAAUCGCACAAAAUGAGUCCCGAUAGUUAUCUACAAAUGGCCAUGCAGUACGCCUUCUACAGCUUGCACCAGACGCCGGGCGCGCACUACGAGUCGGCGGCGACGCGCAUGUACGCGGGCGGGCGCACGGAGACCAUCCGCUCGUGCUCGCCCGAGGCCGUGGCCUUCGCGCGCGCCAUGCUGGACCGCGCCGCCGCGCCCGCCGCGCAGCUGGCCGCGCUGCGCCGCGCCGUGCGCGCGCACAAGGACUACACCGUGCAGGCAUUACAAGGUUUUGGCGUCGAUAGACAUUUACUGGGAUUGAAAUUGACAGCGAUCGAAAACGGUAUCGAAAUACCGAAAUUAUACUCCGACCCCGGAUACGUGAGAAGCGCGCACAUGAGAAUUUCUACGAGUCAGGUGGCGUGCAAGUGCGACGGGUUCAUGUGCUACGGGCCGCUGGUGGGCGACGGCUAUGCGACGUGCUACAACCCUCGCGACAACGACGUGAACUUCGCUACGGCGGCCUUCGCGGCGCACCGCGACACGUCCAGCGCCCGCUACCGCGCCGCGCUGGAGCGCGCGCUCUCCGACAUGCACGACGUGCUCCUGCGCACCACCCAGUCCAAGCUCUGAGCUGUUCUCUACUGCCUCCUCCUUUCGCGUCACGCCUGUUUGGACCUUAUUGUAAAAGAUGUAAAUUUGUAAAAAUGAAUCACUAUUUCUCUUAUCACGCCAAAAGUUGAGAUCGAU